CUCCCUUUCCACCGCCCCUUCCCUUCUCCUCUUCCUCCUUCCCUUCUCGGCGCCGGCGGUGGCAGCCGCCGUGAAUGAGUGCAAAUCCCUUGACAUUUCUCCUAAUCUCUUUGAAACCCUAGUUCUCCGAGUGGCACUGCUGGUGCAUAGUGUGGAAAGCUGGUGGCAUUUUGUGGAUCUGAUUCAUGGGAAACGCGAGUGCGAAGGAGGGCGAGAACGGCGCCGGCGAUGAGCCGGCGAUACCCAAUAGCGGCCACCGAGUAUCGCUGCCGCCACCGCCCGAUGGUGUGCGGAAUGGUGGAUCUUUGGAGCCGAUUGUGAGUACCUCGCCGCCACAGAGCCCCGGGAUUGGACGAUCUCCCAUGUUGUUUGCUCCGCAGGUUCCCAUUGCCCCUCUGCAAAGAGGUGCUGAUAUACCAUCACUUUUAAGUCAAUUGCAAAUAACUGAUUCUAAUGAUGUACCUCUUGAGAACGGCAUUCCCACAUUGAUCACAUGGAAUCAUGGAGGAAAUGAAGUUUUAGUGGAAGGCUCAUGGGAUAACUGGACUGCAAGGAAGGUUUUGCAGAGAACAGGCAAGGAUUAUUCCAUUUUGUUGGUCCUCCCUUCUGGAGUUUAUCAAUAUAGAUUUAUCGUUGAUGGUGAACUCAGAUACAUCGCUGAUCUUCCACAAAUCGCUGAUGAGGCAGGGCACAUCGUGAACGUUCUUGAUGUUAAUGAUUAUGUUCCAGAAAACCUGGAAAGUGUUUCAGAGUUUGAACCCCCUCCAUCACCAGACUCUAGCUACAGCAGACCAUUUCCCGCUGACGAGGAUUUCGCUAAAGAACCACCGGCAGUUCCACCUCAGCUGCACAUCACUGUGCUUGGUUCUGAGGAAGCAACCACAAAGCCUCAGCAUGUCGUCCUGAACCACCUGUUUAUUGAGAAGGGAUGGGCUUCACAAUCACUUGUCGCCCUUGGCUUGACUCACAGAUUUCAGUCCAAGUAUACGACGGUUGUUCUCUACAAACCGAUGAAAAGGUAGCACAACCUUCUCCGUCCUAGUGUACAUAGAAAAAAUUACUACUGUUUUGCUGUUAUGUAUGAGAUGUCUGUUAAUUUUGAACUUCUGUUGUUCCUUUGAACAUGUCCUGCUAAGUUAUAUUUGGGUUAGCUUCAUCAUGGCCAAAGGCUGCAAA